CAUAGGUGCUCCAUUGAUAGUAGAAUGAGUGGUAAUGGACAAGCAAAUUCAUUGAUUAAUGGGAAGCUAAUUAAACACCAAUACCUAGAUGCCUCAAGAAAACCCUAUCCACCAAAAGCAAUAAUGGCAGAUCUAAAUAGGGAAUUAGGACUCGAUUUGGACUACAAAAAAGCUUGGAGAGGUAAGGAGAAAGCUUUGGAAUCAAUAUGUGGAACAGAUAUUGAGUCAUACAUGAAAUUUCCAAGCUUGUGUUAUAUGAUAGAUCAAACAAAUCCUGGAUCAAUCAUAUCUUUAGACACUGAUUCAAAAAACAAUUUUAAGACAUUGUUUAUAUCAUUGAGGGCAUUUAGAGAAGGAUGGUCUGCUUGUAGGCCUAUAAUCAGUGUGGAUGGGUCUUUCUUGAAAGCAAAAUUUAAGGGAAAAAUUCUAACGGCAUGUGGUAUGGAUGCAAAUAGACAAAUCUUCCCACUAGAAUUUGGAAUAUGCGGUAGGGAGAACAAAGAGUCAUGGACAUGGGUCUUUACAAAAUUGAAAGAGGCAAUUGGAGAAUGACCUGAAAUGUGCUUCGUUUCAGACCGAAAUCAAGGGCUUCUUAGGGCUGUGGAAGAUGUUUUUCUAGGUGCAGAGCAUGGGUAUUGUGUGCAACACAUACUUGGGAAUAUAACAUCAAAGUUGGGGGGAAAAGGAAGAAAGUGAUUAGAUUCUUCAAUGCAGCAGCAAGGGCUCCAACAUCACGAUUGUGUGAAUACUAUAUGAGGCUACUUGAUGCAGAAGAUCCAAGGAUUCGAAAAUAUCUUACAGAAAUUGGAGCCAAAAAAUGGGCUAGGAGUUAAAUGACAACAAGAAGGUAAGACCAAGCACAAACUUCAAAUUUGAAGUUAUUGACAAAUGGAGUAGAGCAUAUGUGGCAGACCUUGACUCAAAGGGGUGUUCUUGCAGGGAGUUUCAAUUGGAGGAUUUUGUUUGCGUUCAUGCAGUUGCAUCAAUAAGAGCAAGGAAUGGGUUGUCAUGUUAUGAUUUUAUUUCUACAUACUACAAGAGUAGUUGAUGGAUGCAAGCAUACAGGGGAGUUGUAGAACCAUUAGGUUCAUAUUGUGAAGCCGAUAUCCCAAGCAAGUACAGAGAUUGUAUCAUUCACCCACCGGUAUUAGAUAAGCGGGCAGCUGGAAGACCAAAGAAUGAAAGGAUUUCUUCGAUGGGUGAGUUUGUGACCAAACAAAAGUGUGGAAGAUACAAACAACAAGGUCACAACCAAAAUACUUGCAACAAUCCUAUACCACGUCACUAAUGGGCUUUAGAAUAAAGGAUUUCAUUCGUCUUUUUUACUUCAAUUACUACCAAUUGUUGUUUAAGAAUAAGUUGAAUAGGACAUGAAUUAUGUAUGGUCCCUUGAAUAUUAUAGUUUGCAAAUGUAUGCAAACUUAAUGACCUUAAAUUACUCAUAGUGACAUUCACUUCAUGGCACAACUUAAGUUACAAGGAUUGGGUGUUGUAAUAGUUCUCACU